AUGACAGGUGAUAACGAAGACCAUAAUGCCGUUUUUUCUCAGGUUAUUGUGGCGUUUUUCGCGUAUUCCGCCUACUUGAGCAUUUGCCAGAUUGACGCCACAUCCGCUCACUUCGCAGUCUCUUUCAACAUUCCUGCUCACAACAUUAGCAUUUAUUUUGACAAGCUAUACAGCAUCCGGUGCCUCUUGACUGGAGUGGGCUGUUUGGCCGAGUACCUUCUCUACCUCUCCAUCAACACUCUUGGCGAACCCAGGAGCAUUCGCAUUUACAUCAGCAUUGUCAACUUUUCAAUAUUUCUGCUCACAAGAAUCGCCUUUUUAAUCGUCUUAUACUCAUCUUCCAACUUGGGGUACUAUGUUUAUCUAGUUUUGGCUGUUGAAUCGUUUUUUGGUGGCUGUUUUAUGUCAAUCAUGUCUAUUGUUCCUGAACACUCCGUUGUUAUUACGUUUGGCUCAAACAUUUGUCGGCUUACCAUCCCCUUGUUCCAGAUGAUUAUCGAUAGGCUUUGGUACCAUAGACCUCUCGUCAUGAUCAGGGCUCAGGGCUGGCUUUGCGUCAUUUUAACUUUCCUGGGUCUCGUCUUAUGGAUUUACUACACUAAAAAUCUUGAUAGCACUUCUCACGUCAACACACCCACUAACACACACAGUAAUCAAGUUAAAGCUGAUUUUUUCAAAACUUUCACUGGCGCCUUUUCUCCCCUGCUGAUGUUCGCUCUCGGGUCCAUGUUCAAGGACUUCUUGUACCCUGGCACACUCCCAUACGCUGUUCUAGAGCGGUCCAAGAGUCAUAUGAUUAACAUGAUGGCUAGCGCUAUCUAUCCCAUUGGAUCACUAACGCUGUUUCUCUUGGAAAGGGAGGGUCAUUUUGAGGAAUGGAGCCCCAACUACGACGCCUUUUGGCUUCUCCUAGUGCCCACUCUUAUUAUAACCAUUUUCACUUUCCUGGCCAUUCACACCAGGAUCCCUUCCGCCAUGCGAAUUCGUAAUUCGCAGGCUGUUGUAAUGGUAAUGACUUUGUCUCUCAUUGUCUAUCACAGCUAUAUGUACCAGCUUAGUUUCACCGGUGUGGCUAAAGUUGUUUAUCACGUAUCGGGUAAACAUGGGGACGACGGCGUCAUCACUUUCAACGUCAUAAUGUCGCUGAUUUACAUGUUCCUCUUUUCCAAGUUAUCUGUGGGCUACAACGUCACCAGGGUCAGCCUUGGCUACCAUCUCCCCAAGUACCGGCCCAAUCACCGGAUGUCUAAGUUUAACACAUUCUGUCACUCUCGUACUCGCUACCUAUUGCAUCGCUCUUUAGCUUUUAAGCAUUACAUCAUCCGUCACAUGUGUAUCGAAUAA